AGCGAGGCCAGGGAUUGAACCCGUAUCUUCAUGAAUAUCAGUCAGGUUCAUUUCUGCUGAGCCACAGUGGAAACUCCCACACUGAUACUUUUAAUCCUAGUCCCUCCCUAUGCAUUUCUUUUCUGAAUUUUUCCAUUUAAUCUUUGCAACUUCUUUCUCCCCCAGUGAAGACCCGAUUCCUAAUAAUAUCAACACAGUUGCUACUUCACUCAGUCCCACAAUACACAUGAUAGUUUCAGAAUCACUACACCCAUACCCCUCGUGAAAACAAAUGUACUGAACCAAGUUAAAAAAAAUUUUUUUGUAGUUCCCUUUGUCUCUAGAGUGAGUACCAUGUCCAAAAGUUGCAUAAGCUGGUUCUUUUCUAUUUUUGUGUAGUUAUGAUUUUCAUUUGAAAUACAGUUCAACUCAUUUGUUUUCUAUUUAUAUUCCAUCUUAAAGCUUUUUUGCUCCAUUAGUGUGGAUUUAAUUUUUUGUUGAAUACAGAAAGCUUUAACUGUUUAAAAACUAUAUGAAGAGGAAUACAAAACGCUAUCAUCUCCUCCUCUCUUCAACUUCAGUUCCAUCCACCUCCACAGAUAACCAAUUUGAUGAUUCCUGGUUUUUCUUUCCUUUUGCAAAAUGGAGGCAGAUAUGUGGACAUUUUAUCCCCACUUCUUUAUUAUACACAAAGUAACAUACUGCAUGCAUUGUUUUGAAUUUCCCCCUCAGCUUAACAGCAUGUCUUGGAAAUCACCCCACUCCACUCACAGGGAUCACUCCAUUCUUUUUCAUAGAUGUGUAGUACUCCACCAUGGGGUGCAAUGUAAUGCACCAGCUUCUCUCCUGCGUACAGACAUCUGGGUUGCUUCCAAUGUUUUGCAUUGACAAUGAAUAGCCUUCUGCAUACUUACUUGUGUAUGGUUAGAGCUAUGUCUUCAGGACAAAUUUCUAGAGAGGGGACUGCUUUUCUAUAGCUUGGGGAUAAUCAUAAGCUUAUGUAAGGUUUAAUGCACAUAUGGCCUUUCACCCAGGCAGCAGGUUAUUCAUAGCAGAAGGUCACUGUUGGACAGCUUGGUCUCAAAUUAGUCAAACUGUGCUCUCUCAUAGCAUUUUAGUCUAGUUCUGAAUUUGCUCUCCCAGCCUGGAAUCAGGGCUCUGUUUGGGGUCAGGUCUCAGCCAGGGUCAGGUGUCAGCAGUCAUGGUUGGAGUCAGCCCAUGGUCAAGGGCUCAGCCAAGGUCAAGGUUCAGCCUGGGAUCAGGGCUCAGUUCAGGGUCCAGGCUCAGAAGAUGCAGUGUUUGCUGUGGAUGUGCCUGGAUCCGUGGCCUCUUGUGAGCCCAAGACUGGGGCUCCCUAGGCCUACUGCACACUCACCCUACCCCCUCGCCACACACUCCAGCCACUUUUACUUCCCCUCCCCCCACACCCUCCCCCCUUCUGAUCUGUUUAUGCUUGGUUACCUCCAGUGAUGGGACAUUGCUGCCUCCCAGGACAGCCCCUCCCUCUAAGCCUCCCUGUAACUGUCCUGCUCCUAGAGCUGAACAGUGAACUCAGGGAGGGAUUGCUGGGCUGUUCUGAGCCCCUGGCCCCCUGCCCACUCAACACACAUGGAAGAUACCUGAGCCCCUCAGAUACCUAUGCCUCCCCCUUCAGACACUGGUCAGGGCUAAGCCUCCUCCCUCAGGCUCCCCAAGCAUCGCUCUACACAUCAACCCCCACUUCCUCUCCUCCACCUGGUGCCCCCACCACUGUCCUCAACCAUCUCAGGUUGAGUCAGCCUGAGCCUGGGUCAGAUGGCUGAGCAGUGGGGGCAGGAGGAGCUCCCCACUUCUCCAGUGACCCCUCCCCCUCCAGAGGUGAGCUGCUGCCCUGGGUGGAGGUCCUGUGCAGCUCUGCUCCUAGGAAGGCCAGCUCAGGGGCAGGAGAGGCAACAGAAAACCCCAGAAACCAAGACCGGGCAAGGCAGGCGGCUCCACCCUGCCUGGGGCGAGCCACCCCGGGCCUCAGUCUGCCCCGCGGGACCGUGAUGAACACCACGGAGGCCCCGGCUGAGGCCCCCGAAUCCUGCCAACAGCUGGCGGCUGGCGGGCACAGCCGGCUCAUCAUCCUGCACUACAACCACUCGGGCCGGCUGGCAGGGCGGGGCGGGCCGGAGGAGGGCGGCCUGGGGCUGCUGCGCGGGCUCUUCGUGGCGGUCAGCUGCCUGGUGGUGCUGGAGAACCUGCUGGUGCUGGUGGCCAUCGCCAGCCGCAUGAGGUCACGGCGCUGGGUCUACUACUGCUUGGUGAACAUCACGCUCAGUGACCUGCUCACCGGCGCUGCAUACCUGGCCAAUGUCCUGCUGUCGGGGGCCCAUACCUUCCGCCUGGCGCCGGCCCAGUGGUUCCUGCGCGAGGGCCUGCUCUUCAUGGCGCUGGCCGCCUCCACCUUCAGCCUGCUCUUCACAGCCGGCGAGCGCUUUGCCACCAUGGUGCGGCCGGUGGCCGAGAGCGGGGCCACCAAGAGGGGCCGCGUGUGCAGCUUCAUCGGGCUGUGCUGGCUGCUGGCCACCCUGCUGGGCCUGCUGCCCCUACUGGGCUGGAACUGCGUGUGCGCCUUCCAGCGCUGCUCCAGCCUGCUCCCGCUCUACUCCAAGGACUACAUUCUCUUCUGCGUGGUGGUCUUCGCCUGCAUCCUGGCCACCAUCACGGUGCUCUACGGAGCCAUCUUCCGGGUGGUGCGGGCCAACGGGCAGAAGGCCAUGCGCGCCCCCGCCCGCCGCAAGGCCCGCUCGCUGCUCAACACGGUGCUCAUGAUCCUGGUGGCCUUCGUGGUGUGCUGGGGCCCGCUCUUCGGCCUGCUGCUGGCCGACAUCUUCGGCUCCAACGUCUGGGCCCAGGAGUACCUGCGGGGCAUGGAGUGGAUUCUGACGCUGGCUGUGCUCAACUCAGGCAUCAACCCGCUCAUCUACUCUUUCCGCAGCCGGGACGUGCGCCGGGCUGUGCUGAGCUUCCUCUGUUGCCCGUGUCUACGGCUCGGCCUGCGAGGACCUGGGGACUGCCUGGCGCAGGCGGCGGAGGCUCAAUCUGGAGCCUCCAACACCGACAGCUCGCUGAGGCCAAGGGACAGCUUUCGCGGCUCACGCUCGCUCAGCUUCCGGAUGCGGGAGCCUCUGUCCAGCAUCUCCAGCGUGCGGAGCGUCUGAGCCCAUGGCUGGGGCGGUGGUCCAUCCACGCGGUGCGCGCUGGCGCGCGGGGGAGCUGCAGGCGGCCCGCCUGCCGCGUGGAGAUGAAGGAAUUGGGCAACUGGGAACGUGCAUUCCAGGGCCCCGUGGUCUUCCCCGAAGCCUCCUGCAGCUGCUGAUGCAGAGCUCGUUUCCCACAGUUUGCUGGGAGCGAGAGGCAACUGCUCUUUGGAACCAAGAGCUUCCUGGAAUGGGGUUGAAUGAGGUUGUUGUGUAUGGCGCCCCUCCCCCCGCGUUCCUGCCCCCGUGUGAUUCUGAGGCAGUUCCAACCCCUCUCUGGGCCUUAGUGGGGCUCCCAGGCUGCAAGGACUGGGCCAUGGGGUCCAUGCCCAGACAAAACAGAAGGUCAAUGAGAGGAUGAGAUGUUGAAGCUUCUCCUUAAUCACAGGUGGCACCCAGGUGACGGGAUGAGGGCUGUGGUUCUGCUUGAGCUGUGUCGGGGGCCCAGGAGGGCCAUGAGUCCGUGUGCUUGGGAAGUGUGGUUGUGACAGAAAGUGGUGGACUAUGGGGGGGGGGAUGUAUGUGUGUGUGUGAGAGAGGCUGAGGGCGGAACAAGCUGUGCCUAUGGGUAUGUGCUCAUGUGCCCGUGUGUGCACAGACAUAGCUUGCCAUACACAUGUGUGUGACCAAUCCACUCUGUUGGUGUGUGGUGAGUGUUUCUGGAGGCUGCCAGGCAGUGGGGAGGAGGGGGCUGUGACAUUGACACCCGCCCCUUCUCGCUCACUUCCCCUUUCCCUGCCUUAUGUCUCAUCUUAGGUUCCAGGCAGCCUCCUUCCCCCACCUCUGGCCUCUGCAUCUUUUGGGCCUCAGCCUGGGGGCCAGCAGAGGGGGAGCUGCCUGGCCCUCCUGGCCUCAUUCAGGGAAUCUCACCCACACCUGUAGAGUUCCCUUUAGCACUAACUGCCUCACCCUUCCCCAUCUGUAAAAUGGGCUGAUAGGGGACAGACCCCCCCCACCACAGGAGGCUGUCAGUUACUCGUUCAGGGCUCUUGCGGCAGCACAUGGCAUCAGGGUGUGCAACCAAAUGUCCAUCGAUGGAGGGAAUGUUUACAUCUGUGCCAUCCAGCAUGGGACCCCCACAUGGCUACUGAGCCCUUGAUAAAUGUCCAGUGCUACUGAAGAACUGAACUUGGACUCCAUUUGCAUUUGAAUGGCCCGUGAGACUCCAGGCAGCAGUACAGGACAGUGUAGGGGUUCACCCUCCAUAUGUAGCCACCUUUGGCUGGUAGGAAGUUCUCUGUCUUCAUCCUCCCAGCCAAGACAGUGGCCUCCGAUUCUCCUCUGCAGGAUGGAGGAUGCGGCGAUGGGAAAGCAUUUUCCUGUGCUGUCCAGGAAAGCAGGCAUUAGCCACAUGUGGCUACUUAAAAUGAAUUAAAAUGUAUUUUAAAAGUUCA